AUGAGCGCAUACGAUGAGUUGACCGCGCAUAUUCAGGGGCUGCUCGACAUGAGGGAAAAGAUUAAGAAGGGAGCCAAAGGCCCGCCUUCAAAACCUCCCCCGAGCAGAGCAGUCCCCUCCGACGCCGACCGGCAGUACGUCGUGCCCUCGAUGGGACCGGUCCCUGCCAAGGAUGGCGCCGGGAAGAAGGGAAAGAGAAAAGGUAACUCCCAAAAGGGUGGAAACCCUCUGGGAGACCCAGGAAAGGAUGGGCCAAAGCCAAUAAUGGCAAAGGUCCAAACAAAGAGUCCCUCCCCUAACAAUCCUCCCCCGCUCCCGCGACCUUCGGAUGCCCAGGAUUCCGCCUGGGUGAAGGUCGUUGGGAGGAAGAAAGCGAGGAAGAGUCGGGCGCCGGUACCAGCGCCCGCUAAGCCCUCCUCUAAGAGCAGUAGCGGGGCCAAGAAGUCUCCCCUUCUCGGUUAUAGAGAAGGCCAAGGGAAAGGCUGCCCCAGGCGCUACUGCGAGGAAGUCUGGGAGGAACCCCAGGACGGCGGCGGUGACUAUUCACUGCCCGGAAGGCUCAUACGGCGAGACAAUUGCCCUUGCCUGCCAAAAGAGGCCGGCUUGCCGGCCAACCAUCGCGCCGGCGGCGAGAGCUGCCACGCAAAGAAAGGUGGAAGGGCCGCCAAGAAGGGCGGCAGGCAGAUAGAGAAGAAGGGAAGAGCUAAGGGGGGUCUCGGGGAUGGCGUAGCCUCCCCCGAGCCUUCCCAAGGCAAGCAAGGAGAGGAGAAAGGAGGGGCCAAGGGGGGCUCCGGGGAUGGCCUUGCCACCCCCGGGCUCGCCCAAGGCCAAGUUAAGGAGGCGCCCAAACCCCAACGUAGACGUAGGGAAAGGGGCGCUUCCAAACAGGAUGAAGAUAGGAGGAGACGCGCCUCCAGCUCAAACCAAAGAGCUUAUGGAGGUGACCAUGGAGGAGGUCUAAGCGUCGCCAAUUAUGGCGAAGCAAAUAGGCCUCCUCCAGGCAAAUCUAAACCACUGCGCCAGGGCCCAGGAUCUUUUCCUACAUACCCUGGCGCAGUGGAAAUGCGGAAUAGGGAUCGCGGCUGA